AUGCUCUACGACACUGCGCUUACCUAUACACUCAACCAAGGAGUUAUAUAUAAGGAGCGAACAGUACUCCAAUGGGCAGCGCUUGAACCGAAACAACGCAAAUACACACUAGCUGCUUUGCAGCUCGGGGGGGGCGAAAGCGCUGUAAAACUACUUGUUAGAUCCGGCAUACACCCGUGGACACUUGCCUCUGGCGUCCCACCCCUUGUCUACGCAUCAGGAGGUGGGCACGAAACGAUCGUCCGAUAUCUUCUCUACGACGCUCUGAAUAUAUGGCAGCGACACGCGCCUCAGCGUGCUCCGACCUGUGACGAAUGGAAUCAGCUCACUGAACCAUGGGAUGAGGCAGGACGACCAUGGACCCUCCAAGAUGCUCUUCAUCAUGCAGCCAAGGGCGGCCAUCUAAAGGUUGUCGAGCUCUUGUGUCAGCAUAUAGACGUCUCGAAACCUAGUAUAAGUGGGACUCUGUUCACUACAAGCGCAUCUCAAGGAGGGUCGAUAGAGAUUAUGCAGAUACUACUUAAGUAUGGGGCUGAGUUGGGUCCUUCUGCGCUCUAUAAUGCUAUUAUUGAAGGCCAUUUAGCGCUCGCCUUGGACAUUCUAUCUAGGCGCCCAAUGGAUGCCUCUUAUCGAGGUUCUAACGACUGCAACCAGACACUGUUACACUAUGCGGCGAAAAAGGGACACGCAGAUAUAGUAAAGAACCUGCUUGACUACGGUGCUGACCACGAGGUAGUAGAUUCGUGGGGUUACACUGCUCUUGACCUAGCUAUCUACGGUAGCCAUGACGAUGUCAUCAAAAUCCUUGCCGACAUGCCUGAAUCAGCACCACCAUUCACACACGACGACUUAUCCGACUCCUACGACUCUUACGACUCUACUUAG